UGUCAAUGUUCUGCUGACAUUGAGGUUCAUGUUCUAGGACAUGAUGCACUCUGGGUAUUCCUCAUUCUGAUACCGUUAUUCACUCCUUUGAUCAGGAGAAAUCUAUCCCGCAAACGGUUGAUCUCGCCGCGUAUGCCUCGCCUCGUGUUUGAAACCUGAACUUGGGAUCUAGUCCAGCAGGCCGGCAGGUGCCGUCCAACUGGAGAGUCAGUCAUGUCUGUCUUACAGGAAACAGUGAAUGUACCUAUAACAUCCGCCGCGCGAACUCUCAAUACAACGAUCCCAGCUGCCGCUACUUCUGUACUAUCCUCGUCCGCCCGUGAACUGCUCGCCGGCCCAUUCCGUCGUCUCUCCGCACUCUCCUCUCAUGUCAACAGGCUAGUCGGGUUACCGAGUAUGACAACAUACCUUGGGGGCUCAGCUGCUGUAGGGGCAGCAGGAGAUGUAGUGGUAGAAGCAACACAUACAGCCGCUGAAGUCGCCAGAGAAGGCAUUAUUGAUGCCGCCGCGCAGGCCGACUCGAGCUACCAUUUCACUGAUAUCUUCCAGGCUGUUAUCAAGUUCAGUGGCUUCUUUUCCUACUUGACCAGUCGGUGGUCUUUAGCUUGCUUUACCGUGGCCCUUGUUUUGAACAGGAUCACCAUAUAUGCGUCGACCCGAAGGCAUCUCCAUCUCGAUUGGAGUCGUCGACUAGCUUUACGGAUUGUACCUAUUCUUUUGUUUCUGUCUCAAAUCCACUCGCUACUCCGCGCAAUCCGCUGUCAGACGUCCCCCGAAUAUUCUCUCAUCCGGUACGGCACUCCCGGGAAACGUUUAUUGUUUGACCAUGCUGGGGGUGGGGGAUUUCUGUAUUCGUUAGGCUCCACGCUUCUACCGUGGGAGACCGAUGAACAGUCUUGCAGCGCGAUCAACAUGGGCCGCCCCACAAGUACUUCGGAUAUCUCGUACGGAUCCUUCGUGCUUCUUUGGCCAGUGUUUCUCCGGCUGUGCUUGAGUCACUUUGUCGAAACGCUUUCAUGCGCGCUGCAAGGAAGGGCGGUGGUCACGGAGGCCGGGAUGUCUAUUUUUGAACACUCUCUUGCGUUUGCCGAAGCGGAAUCUUCAAUCAGUCAGACACUCGGGCUGGGACUGUUUGGUCUACCAAAACAAAGCGCUAGCAAAGACGACCUAGGAGAAGGCGCCCAAUCCACCCUUCACCUACUCACUAGAGGUCAGGUUCUAGAGCGAAUGAAUGUGACCCCAGAGUUACUUCUGAUCGCUUUGGUAUCGUGUUGCAACAGUCUAACUUCCAACGUGCUGGACGUUUUUGGCAAACAGAGCCGAUACCGAUUAUUUAAUACCGCUUUCUGGGGCCUUUGCUUUAUGUCGACUAUGGCGUGGGGCUUACUAAAAGGCUCAUCUAUAGGAAGUGAAAAUGUGGUUCUGAAAUUCCCUACCGUUUGUAUUGUCGGAUUCGUCCCUCACCUGCUGAUCCUAUUGGGCAUUAUCACAUGUGGUGCGAUCUAUAUGCUUGCUCUCCUUGUCACGGCUUUCUCGCUUCCUGUGGAUGUUCCUCGACCAUUGUCGCUUAAAGAGAGAUUUACGCUGGCGCAUGAGAAUAUGCAAGGGGCUACCCAGUUUCACAACAUCCGAUUUAACCGACACGAAGAUUUCUAUACCACAUUAUUGAGAAUUGGAUACACCGCUCUGACCGCGGCCAGUGAGGCGGUAUUCCUCAACGAAGGGAAAGGCGUUGUUGCUCGGAGCAUGACAUGGUUGGAGGAGGAUAGGCUAGCGGAAAUUGAAUCAUCACGACAUAGACGUGCUCCCCAAGACUCUGUCAACCAUACGAGCGAUGUUCCUUUCGGGGCGGGGGAAUCUGUUGACUUUGAUAUACCCGAGGCACCUUCUGAAUGGGAAAGCGGAUACAGCCGAGAGAAGAAAAUCGAGAAGCCUAAGAAUGGGUCCCGAUCCAUUCGGACUCAGACUGACCCUGGUGGUGUUGGAGCCUUUCGAGGCAUGGUCCGAUGCUACCAUGGUUUUGCUUUCUUCCGGGGAAUUUUUUAUCUCCUCCUCAGAUGGGCUGCUUAUGGCUUGGACAAGCUGUUGAGCAAAGUAGGGAUUACCGCCCGGCCGCAGUGGCUGAAGACAAUAGUCAGGCCCCAUAAGAGUCGACCACAGGAACUGAAGAACAAGCAAACGGAAUCGCUCGAUUUCUGGGUUCUAACGGACGCUGGAGAGUUGGUAUUGCCAGCGGACCACAAUUUCGACGUUGAAACAGAGAUGAGAAAACGGGAACGCUCCAAUACCACGCAAUGGGAGCAGUCGGAUGAGCAGCGACUUGACGACAAGCUGUAUGGCUGGUGGAAGGUUGGAGGAUCCUGGGGAAAUCAGGAUCUGAGCUCAGACUAUGCACCGCCGGAGAACGACACCGACGACACGACUAGCGUUGUCUCAAUGUCAACCACUAUGGACUCUGAGUGGGAAGAUGAAUCGGAUGGCCGCCGCACACCCACGCGUGAUAACCCGUUUCCUCCGGGCUUCUCCCGCGAAAGCACUCCCGUUCAAGAAUCAAUGGUAGAUAUUAGCACUUUCGCGCGCUUGCUUGAUCCACGCGAUCAAGAAAGCAGGCAGGAGGCCCGCAUUCUGGCUGCUCACCUUGCUGCCGGGCAAGAAGGCCGAAUCCUGACCCGUCGUCGAUUCCAGCAACAGGUAGAUCAUGAAAGAGCCCAGGUACUUCUGUCUUCUCGAGUGUCUCAGAAUACGAGAUCCGAGAAACGAAAACCUACCAUAGAAGAGGAGAGUGAAAUCCUUGAGAAACUUAUACUCUCCCGACGCUCAAGCGCUUCUGUUCCUGCCGAUGAACAGUCGUGGGAAUCCGGCGCUUCGGGGCUGGGACCAAGCGGUCCACCGUGUGUUAUCUGCCAGACAAGUCCACGCUCAGUAAUUACGUGGCCAUGCCGCUGCCUCUGUGUGUGUGAAGAGUGUAGGGUGAGCCUUGCGAUGAAUAACUUCGGAAGUUGUGUGACUUGCCGCCAGGACGUCGGAGGAUUCGUGCGGUUAUGGGUACCAUAAACCUUCUUUUCCCUUUCUUUUCUCUUUCUUUUCUCUUUCUUUUCUCUUUCUU